AUGCGGCGAGACAGCUUUGAGAUCGACACUUCGCGGCUGCGUGAGCCGCAGAGAGCUUCGACUGAAAGAACUUCGUUUGUCCUCAAUGCGCACGACGCAGCUGGCAAAGGUUCAUCCUUUGUUUACAUUUCAAGUGGCAAGGGUUUAAGCAUUUGUGAAGCUACUACUGUCAUCUUCAAUUCCGGCCUGGGUGCGACCAUUGCAGCUGUGCCUUACUUUGCGAAUUUGUCCGGAUACCUCGGCUUCGUCUUCGUGACAGUGGCUAUGGCCGUGACAGGAGUUCUAGAGCAGCAAACCUUGUUGAGAGCAAGUGCAGAUCGGAAUGCUAAGACCUUUGACGAGCUUUGCCAGCCCAUACCAGCCUGGGCGCGGCAGAUGACUGUUUGGUGUGGCUUGGUCUACCUUUGGGCCUGUGCGGGAUGGUAUUUCCACUUUGUACUAUCGUUUGUUGAAGCGCAGCUGUGCCCAGUGCUUUGCAGAUCAAGCGGUGACAAUUUCCUGUGUCAAAGUCGCUGGCAUUUUGGUUUUCCUAUUGGCAUCAUGCUGUUUGCAGUGUCCUUUCCCGCUGAGCUUUCUGGAAGCAUGUCUCGGGCAAUCAACUGCACCAGCAUGAUUGCCAAGACAACGGCAAUUCUCAUAGCUUUGGUAAAAGGUGCCCUUGUUUGGCAUCAAAAGACCGAAGCUUCUGAACUCAUCGCAUGGAAGCCCACAGCAUUUGCCGCUGUUGCAAGCAAUAUGAUCGGAACAUUUGCAAACACUGGCAUCAUGCCUCAGGUGGCUGCCGAUCUCAAGCCAAGUCUUUUGCACAGAGCAGUGCGAAUAUGCCCGUGUUCAGCGGUCUCAUUACAAACCUGCGUGUGCUUGGCGGUUGGGUUGGUUGGCUAUGCAUCUCUGGGUAACUUGGUUGAGCUGGAUGCUUUCAAGGUCUACCAGGAGCACUAUCCAGACAUGAUGUCCCGGACGAUACAAUUUGCUGGCGCAUUGAUGAUGUAUCUUUGUUAUCCUUUCUUGGUUCUUCCUUGCAAGUCUCAGAUUUGGAGCUUCAUGACCUCCAACCCAGAGAUUCGCUUGUCGGAGGCACCUUUCGCAAUACAAGUUUUGAUGACCUCCUUCUUUGCCGUGACAAAUGUUGUAACUCCGAUAUUGGUUGGACCCAAAGCUUUCGCCAAUUUUCUGAUAAUUUUGGGCUGUACAGUGGGUGUUUGGAUGAAUCUGUUCCUUCCAGCACUCAUCAUAGUGCAUGCCCAAAUUCUGCCAAGCCGCUCGAGCGGUGUUUCAAGCAGAGCUUCGGUUACGCUUGUUUUGUGGCUUUGCUUCGUUGGUGUUCUUUGCUUGAUUGAAGGUAUGGUCUCAAUGACAAAGCUUGUGCGGCUUAGUUCUGGCAGCCGCCCUCACUCCGUGGACUGGCAGCUGAACCUCCGUGGUGGUGUGGGGCGAAAGCCCGACGAUGGGUGGAGAAGGUACUUCACACGGAAGCAGGCCAGCUUCGAUGCGAUUGCCCGGAAUUGCACCCCGGAGAAUGAGGCCUAUCGCACCCGCUUGGGAACUCCAUUUGACCCCAGCUUCGAUCGGCACCAGGGUGCUGUAAAAUGUGCUACCAUUCGCGACAUGCCGUUGAGUUUUGAAAGGGCCAAAGGUUGCGAAGGAGCACAGGCUGGUCAGUGGCAGCACAUCUUCCAAGCACGACCUGCUGCUACACGACCACAGCUGAAGCAUCUCACCAGCCUGCGAGAGAUGCCAGGCCAACAUCCUGGAAUGACGAUCUCUGACAACCGAAGCGACACAUGUUGGGUCGAGAUGAUGGGAAAGAAGAGAUGGGAGCAGUUUAGGCCGGAGAAUCCGUUGGAGAGGCACCCACGUGAGGGUGGUGACGUGAAGCUGCACCACCUCUACUACUUGAAGGUGCGCCCAGAGCCAGAUGAUGAGGCCCGGGUCUUGCGCACCACCAAGACGCCAAGACUUGUCCCAAAGGCCAAGUCCAAGACCAAGGCAAAUCAGUGA